AUGCAGAUUCUGGCCAGUAUCAAAUGUAUACCUUCAGACUACAUCCAGUGGCGGAACAAGAUGAGGCUUACAACGAGAAACCCGGUCCUGGCUGUCUUCUAUGCCUUUCUACGAGGUGUUUCCGUAAGCAAAGCGGAGAACAUUAUGUUGGCAAAGCCCAGUAAACUCAACCGUGUUUACUGGAAUGCUGAAUAUGCGAAUGAUGGUAACAACAACCCCGGAUCCACACCAGCUAGAUCCCGGUAUACUGUGAAUCCCUACUGGCAGGGGGAUCUACAGGGAUACUUCACUGUCCACAACAUCUCGGUUACGAGUGACGUCACCCAUAAUCUUGAAAAAGAUCUUGGGAGUGCAUACGUGGAGGUGCACGCCAGUGGCAACAGUGGUUGCCCGGACGACAUCUUCAUCUGUGGCCAGUGUCCAGAAGUAGUUGGUAAAGGAGAAACCUUCACGUUCACUUGUUCCCACCCACAACCAGUCAGAUUCGUGAAGGUCCGGAGAAACAUGACUGGUCGUUUAGUCAUUUCAGAGGUUGUGGUGCAAGGGACUCCAGCGACAACAAGUGCUGCCCCCAACUGUCUCCUAGCAACAAACCCAGAAGACGCAGCAGAAGCUAUGGGAUGGUCCAAGUUCACUAUCGACGGAUGCUCAAGUUACGACAGCUGUGAAUGA